AUGGCGCUGCAAACCACACUUCCUGGACAUUCGCCGGUUUGGACAAGUAGUCAAAACAUGUUGACGGUGUGUGGUCGUGUUUUUGCAAACAUGACGUUUUGUUUUUGCCACAGAAAACGUAUGCUUUUCCUGUUAUGCACAAUUCUGUCUUUGAUAACCAAAUCGUUAGGUAUUGGCGAGGUUGUAUGGGCUGUGAAUUGUGGCGGCGAUGCACACACCGACAUCAAUGGUAUCCGCUACGAGGCGGAUUCUCUCAAAGUCGGAAUCUCUUCCGAUUAUGGAAAGACGUUGAUGGUUUCACGGGUGGUAGCUCAGGACCAGAUCUUGUAUCAGACUGAACGAUAUCACAUGUCAACCUUUGGUUAUGAUAUCCCUCUUAACGGAGACGGUGAAUAUGUGCUCGUCCUGAAAUUCUGCGAAGUUUGGUUCACGUCGCCAAAUCAAAAAGUAUUUGAUGUCACACUAAAUGGAGAACACACUGUCGUGGAUGAACUUGACAUUUAUAGUAAAGUCGGACGGGGAGUGGCACAUGAUGAACUUAUAGAAUUCACAAUCAGAUCUGGGAAACUUAAAGUCAACGGAGAAACUUCAAAGAUCAACAGCAAACUUUUAGUAGAAUUUAUGAAGGGAGAUUAUGAUAACCCAAAAAUAAAUGCAAUAUAUUUAAUGAAGGGAACAAUAGAUGAUAUUCCCAAGUUACCAUCAUUACCAGGAACAGAGACUUCUCGAGAAGAAGAAGAGGUGGAUGAAGAGGAGGAGACAUCUGAUCGACCAUCCAAGGCGCGUAGACCUUCAGGCCCAAAGGUCAAGGACCCUUAUGCAUCUGAUGACACAAGUACCAUGCUCCUCCCUGUCAUCAUGGCCUUAGGUGCUUUCAUUCCUCUCCUCUUCUGCCUCUGUAAACUCUGAGGUAGUGGAGGGGGCUAUAUCAGGGGUGAACAUGUGUAAGGUCAGAGGUCAACAUGUGUAAGAUCAGAGUUCAUGUGUAUGGUUAAGUGUCAUCAUGUGAAAUAUCAUGUAUGUUUGGUCUGUUUGGGCAAGAGAGGUGUUUGAGUAUAUGAGAUAACAGACUUAAAGUUGAAGUGGUGGAGAAAGAAGGGAGUGGGUUUGAACUUGGACAUCGAAGGUAAUUUUUUCUCUGUGAUGAACAAGUCUACUCACUAAUCUUUAAAAGGUUAAAGGUCAGUUGAUGAAUGUUUAAUGUCACAGUGUAUGUAAAUUUGUUUUGUGAGGUCAAAUGUUAUUGUAUAAGAAGUGUAAAUGAUAUAUAAUAAUAUAUAAAACAAGACCAUAAUAGACUACAAAAAUAGAUACCUGUGUUUUUGGAGAAGAAAAAAAAAAAGAAUAAAAAUAGAAUAUAGAUAGAAUUUCCUGUGCUUAGAAUUAGUUCUAAUGCAAACUGGUUCAUCUUUCAAUAGAUCUUGAAUUUUGAAAAUCAAAAAUGUAAAAGAAUGCUUUGUUUUAUUUGGAGUUUAAUAGAUAGCCAAGAAUAUAGAUAGAUUUUCCUGUGCUCAGAAUUAGUUCUAAUGCAAACUGGUUCAUCUUUCAAUAGAUCUAGAAUUUUGAAAAUCAAAAAUGUAAAAGAAUGCUUUGUUUUAUUUGGAGUUAAAUAGAUAGCCAAGAAUAUAGAUAGAUUUUCCUGUGCUCAGAAUUAGUUCUAAUGCAAACUGGUUCAUCUUUCAAUAGAUCUAGAAUUUUGAAAAUCAAAAAUGUAAAAGAAUGCAUUGUUUUAUUAAAUGUUUGGUUUAAUCUUUCUGAAGAAUAUGCUGCUAAGUAUGUUUUUUUUCACAAACAAUCUUUACUCUUAAUCUCACUUAACAUAACAUGAUCUUUGUAUUUUCUUGAUUAAGUGUGGAUUGUCAGCUGGUAUUGUCUAAAAUGUCCAACUUCUUGGCUAUUAUAUCCCUUAGAACUAGCCUGUUUCUUCGUGUUGAAAUAUUUUGUACAAUUUAAACAUCAACCUAACUUUUUUCUCCUGAUUAAUUAUUUGUAUCUGUAUUGCCCACAAGUUGAGUGGUAAGCUUAAUUUUUCUCUGAAAAUUGGAAAUGGUAGGAAGCAUUUAUUUGUUGUUUUUUUUUCUUUUACGAUUUUAGCAUUCCACUGCUAUUUAGAGACUGUUUUCUAGAAUACAUUGGUAGUUAGCAGUAUGUCAGCAAAAAAUGCAGGUAUAUUGUUAUGGUCUAUAAUUUUUAUUGGUAUAUUUUGGACUUUAAUAUGAAUUAUAUGUAUAUGUGUAUAUUUUAUUGCCUAACAAUUUUUUAAAUCUUGUUUAUUUUAUGACUAACACAUCAUUUUCAUUUUCAUGUGUAACUGCCUGUUUAAAUACAUAUUACUGGUAGGAAAACAUAUCCUUGAAGUUCAAAAUGCGGGGUUCCUUGUUACAAUUUUAAGAAAAAGGAACUCCGUAAUUUGGAACAUUGAUGUCUAUGCUAAUUUCCGGGAGAUUUGUCUAUGAUGUCACUCAUUAUCAUUAUCAUUCUGAAUAUAACAAGCUACCCACAGAAUUAGUAUGGAUGUGGAAAGUGACCACAUUGAGAGAGUCUUGUAAGGCCAAUAUCCAUAUCAUUAGUAAUGUAUGGUCUCAAACUAGAUGUUAUGUGUGUGAACAUUAGGAUUCAUAUCAAAACAAAAAUAAGCAGGUUACACACUGGACAGAAGAUUGUAACUUUAUUGAAAAAUUACAUAUUCACACUAAACACAAAUGAACUGUUUAUUUAAUAGCUGUUCACAGUUUGAAUAUGAUUGUAUAUUGGUUAGUAGUUGUGUAAGACUCAUGUGAAUGCUUGUCACAAACUUCUAAGAGACAAAUACUAAAAAUAAAGAUCUAUCUCCCUAUAAUGUUAUUUCCUUAAUAUAGAAAAUGACCCGUUUAUAAUCUUCUAUUUCACAAAGACUUGCAUGUUCUCUAUAUUUUCUACAACUGCAGAGUAAGCUAAUUGAUACAUUUUCUAAAUACCACUAAAAAUAUUUAGGUAUAAAUACAAAUUUUCAGAUGAAGGCUAUUUUUCUGUGAUGGAUAAUUUCCCUUUAAUUGUGGGAUCACACUCAAACAUUUUUGCUAGCAUUAUGGCACAUUUUAUCUUCCAAUCAUAUCAGGGGUCUGUUUUUAUUCAUAAUAAAAAUGACAUGCCUUUGUUUGAAUGGCAGAAAUAUUCUACACUGUAAUUUUUCAACUGUAUACCUAACACAAGAUCAUGCUAUGAUGUGUCUAACAGUGAUAUUAUGAGCAUGGAAAUGUACAGAAAGAACAUGUAAAGUAUAUAAAAAAUUGCAUUUAUAUGUCAGUUAUCUUAUUCUAUGGUUGAAUUAAGAAUUUCAAAUAUUUUGUAGUUCUCUUGAAUCUUCAACUGCCAAUUUCUUUGUGAAAUUAAUGUGUUUCUCCAAAUAAGAAAAUUACACAUCUUCCAUUCCCUUUUAUCUUUAAAACUUGAAAUCAUUUCAAGGAUGUAAAUCUCUUGAAUCAGGUUGUUUAUGCAGUUCUGCUAGUAUUUAGAAUCCCAUUAUGUAUUUACACAGGUACCUUAUACACAUUUUUCAUUUAAAUGUUUAAAGCAUUCGUCAUGUAUCAUAGAAGUCUUGCAGCCUUAGAACAGCUCAUCAUCCAACAAAAUGAGAUUUUUGAUAAACUUCGCAUGGAGAUCAUGAUUGGAGAGUUUCUAGAAUUCAUCUUAAAGCUUGCAGUAAGAAAGUAUGCAUAGCAAUACUGAAACUAGAUUGAACCAAAGUUUCAUAAAAAGUAUACAGGUACUUGAUAGCCAGAAUGAUCUUUUGUUUUUCUAGCAGUUUUUAUAUUUACAUAUCAUACCUCUGAACACCUGUUUCUACUUUAAGUACUGUAAACCUAUUGGGCCAGAGUCAAGAAUUUCUGUUUUUGUAUGUUCUACUAUCUUACAUAGUAUUGUGAAAAUCUCUGUUUUGAAUAAGCUGAAAACAGCAAUGGACAUAUUCAUUGUCAUUUUGUCACUGAGCCAUAUUUUAGUCUCUGCCCUCUGGUUAACAGCGUAAUUGCCAAAGACUCCUAGAUAUGUCUAUUUUAACAAAACAGAGUUGACCUAUACUCAUAUUUAGGAGAAUCUCAUAUAGAUCGUAGUCAUAGACAGCAUUAUGACAUCAAAUGUAAUGUUCUUGCAUUCAAUAUGAAGGAAAGGCCAUCACAUAUAUUGUUUUAUAAUCCUGAGGAUGAAUAGGUGUUGAAUAGGUCAUACCAUUUAAAUAUAUUAGUGGCAUAAGCAGGUCAUACACAGUCAACUGUGUCACAACUAAAUUUAAAUGGGUCAUUGUAUUUACAGGGCACGAUGGAACUACAGUUCAGGUCAUAUAAGUUAAUGGUCACUAUCAAGGGCGAGUAAUUUUCGGUAAACAGAGCCAAUUUUUUUUCCAAGUCAUUAAUGACAUAGACUCUGUCAAAAUGUGAUGCAAGUGGGGUAGUGAUAAGUAGGUCAUACAGUUGAAACUAGGUCAAGCAGUGAUAAAUAUGUCAUUACUAUAGUGUGAUGUAGGAGUUAAUAAAGUAAUAACUAGUUUAUGUAAUGAUAAUUAAGUACUGUAGAAGCAAAUAUGGUGUGAAGUGCUAAUUAGGUCAUCAUACAGUUGAAACCAGGCAGUGUGGUAGAAACUAGAAUGUGAAGUGGUAAGUAGGUCAUCACACAUUUGAGACCAGGCAGUGUGGUAGAAACUAGAAUGUGAAGUAGUAAGUAGGUCAUCACACAUUUGAGAUCAGGCAAUGUGGUAGAAACUAGAAUUUGAAGUGGUAAGUAUGUCAUACAGUUGUAGCCAGGAAAUGUGGUAGUAACUAGGGUGUGAAGUGAUAAAUUGGUUAUACAGUUCUAACCAGGCAGUUUGGUAGUAACUAGGGUGUGGAUUGGUCAGUAAGACGACACAGUGGUAGUAACUGGUAUUUGAAGUGGUAGUUAGACUGCAAUCAGUAGAAACUAGGUCACACAGUGAUAAGUUAGGUCAUACAGAAGUAAAAUUAUGGGGUCAUUUACAAAGUGCAAUGAUAACCAAGGCCAGCAGUGGUCACCAAGUCAAGCAUAAUACAUUAUUGUGUAACAAAGCCAGAGGAUCAUUACUUUUGACUCAAAGUCAGGGGAUGGGCUUAUUACAGGACAUUGAAAAAGUAUUUGUUCGUAAUUCUAUAGAACUAUAAAAUAAUAUAGAUGGACUAAUUACCAGAUAGGGACUUAAUGUCAUGUGCAUAUCGUAGUUAAUUAUUCAAGGAUCCACUUCAGUUUUUGAUCCAUAACACAAAAAAAUCAGUGUGUUCUAUAGAAACUGCCUUUGUUUAGAGUGCACUCUGUUUUCUGUGGAUGAGUUAUAUAAAAAGUCAUUAAACGUAAUACCAAUAAUUUUGUUGGAAAUUGCAAUAUUUAUUGUGGCCUCUGAUUUGUUGGUUUCUUACACCACCGCAGAGUCCAAUUAAACAUUGCUUUACCAAAUGACAUCAAUAUGUUAUGGAGUGACAACAUGAAAAAAAUGGCCAAUGAAAAUGCUUGUUGCACAGAAGAUUAAAUUAUAACCGAUUUGAUGUAACUAUAAUUCAAAUAUUGGAAAUUUUGCUGUUUGUCAAGUCAAUGAAACAUUUCAAGAAAACAAUGAUAAUAUCAAGAAAAAAAUUAAGGCAUAUGUCUGGAUAUAACUGAUUAUAUUUACUGUUUUAAUUAUGUAAUUUUUGUUAGACGAAGUACACAAUUGUUUUCUGCAAUGUGAAGUUUGGUGUGGUUCAAACCUGUAUCACUUUGGAAAGAAACUUUCAACAUUGAUUGUGAACGGCCUAAUAAGAUGUGUUGUGUGUCAGAUCUUUGGAGAAAUGCAGCAACUGCACUCACACACCAAGAUUUUUUGUAGUGUGUGUUUUUGUACAUUUUGUUUUUUCUUUAUUCAGAUUUAACUGUCUAAAAUAAUAGUGUCGUUGUUUUCAACAAAAUUUCUCCCCUGCUUACAGUGAUAUGUCUAUUCCAAAUCUUUUACACGUUUGCUUUUUGACAAUUUAAAAAAUCAUGAAUAUCAGAGUGAAAUAUUCAGUUCACUUCUGGGAAGCAAAUUUUCAUAUGUUCAUGAAAAUUAAGGAUAAUGAAAUUAAAUUUAUUUUGGGAGUAACACACAUGAAACAAAAUGCCACAAAUAUUUCAGGAGUGUUAAUUUAAAAUAUAGAUUUUCUUUUGGCUGUGGGUCGCCAUGCUUUCAAACAAAUAUUUAAAGUCUUACAACAGGAACUAGACAUGUAUACAUCUAUUAGGUAAUUGUGUUGUAGAACACAUAAAGUAUGGAUAUGAUAUUUGUUUAGAUAUUAUUUCAUGUUUAAAUUGCCUGUGAUUCUUGGAAAUUAUCAAGGUUAUCUGCCUUUAUUUUACCAAAUUCCUCCCAUUUGUGUAUUGAGCUGCUAAAAUGUAAAUAUGUACAACUUACUUAAAUAAAGGAACAAAUUUAACUGUCAGCAGAACUGAUAUUGUUGAAUUUAGAAUAUAAUAACAUGAGGAAGAUUUCAGUAAUCCCAAUAAAUAGUUUGAUCUCCUCAUACCAGAAAACAAAUUUGCAAAAGUCACAAGCUCAUGAUAUUGAUAAAGUGUCUGAGGGUUUUAUCUCAGCAUUAGCUACAUUUGAAAUAUACUACCACAUCAACUACUGUUGGAGUAUACUAUCACAAUUGAAUGUCCUGUUAAGUGUUAUUGGUGUCCAGAAAUCGUCCUGUAUGACUGGUUUUAUACAUUAAGAUGUUUUGUAAUUAUGAAAUAAUAUAUCUAAUGUUGCCUUGUGUGUGACUGAAGUGUCUUCUUGUGAUAAAAUCAAGUUCUUUGUUUAAAUGUUGGGAUGUAUGUUUCUUAUUGGGAUGUAAGUUCUGUUUUAAUGUUGAAGGUUUGUUGUAAUAAAUUUAGACUUAAAUAUGACUUUGAAUGUGAACUAUCAGGAGAUACAUUAAAUUCAUCAUAAGGAA